AUUGGAGACUUUUGUAGACUUUGACGUGAAAGCACGCAUCGUUCUUACUCUUCUCAACGAGCAGCGUUGUGCUGCCGUGGGCCCCACCCCGUCCCCGUCCUUACUGAGGAGUUGGCAACACACCAAGUGCCUGCGCAAAUGUGAAAGUGAAAGUUGUGUCUCAGUAUAGGACUGAGGUGUAGAUUGUUCUGUAAAAACGUGUAGAAAUGCACAUAUAGUGACUAUUAGAGUGGUUAUAGAUUUAAAUAAACUAUUUUGAAUGUGAAUUGGAGGACGUGAAGACCAGUAAAGUGAAAAUGGCAGAGUCCAGAGUUCAUACUCAGUUUAAACUCACCUCAGAAGACCAUGUGAGGGCUUAUGUUGGUGAAGAGGUCACCCUCCCCUGUCACCUCUCACCUGACACCAGUGCUGUUGCCACGACAAUCAGGUGGUUUAAAGGGACAGAGUGUAUUUACCUGUAUAAGAAUGGCCAGGUGACAGAGAGGAGUGGCUAUGAGGGAAGAGUGAGUCUGAUCACCCAGGAGCUGGAGAGAGGCAACGUGUCUCUGAGGCUGAGAGACAUCAGGAGGUCAGAUGGAGGAGUCUACAUCUGUCAGGUCAUCCAUGGAGAACAGAAGGAGGAGGCUGCAGUGGGUUUAAAGGUCAGAGAAGGACCAAAUUUCCUUUGGGAAAAAUUACAACGACACCAUGAGGAAAUAGAACAACAUUUCCGACCAAUCUCAGGAUCACUGUAUUUACAACGUGAGACCCAGGAGGACAAGCUGAAGAGGGAGGCAUCAGCUGGUGAGCUUGAGUUGAAGAUGGAAAAUGAAUUAAAAAAGACAUUAAGACAGGAGAUGAAACAACUAGAGGAGAAACUAGAUGAUAUGACCCAGGAAGUGAGAGAGAAAGAGAGACUCCUGGAUGAUAUGACCCAGGAAGUGAGAGAGAAAGAGAGACUCCUGGAUGAUAUGACCCAGGAAGUGAGAGAGAAAGAGAGACUCCUGGAUGAUAUGACCCAGGAAGUGAGAGAGAAAGAGAGACUCCUGGAGGAGAAGAACCAGAUAAUGGGACAGAGGGACAAACUAUUAGAAGAGAAAGACAAGCAACUAAAGGAAAAAGACCUUCAACUAGAGGACAGGAACCACAGACUGGGAGAGAAGGACAGACUACUGGAAGAGAGAGACAGACGACUGGAAGAGAAAGAGAACCAACUAAAGGAAAGAAACCUUCAACUAGAGGACAGCAACCACAGACUGGGAGAGAAGGACAAACAACUGGAAGAGAGAGACAAACAUCUGGAAGAGAGAGACAAACGACUGGAAGAGAGAGACAAAGUACUGAAGGGAAAAGAAAAUGAACUAAAAGAGAGGAGACAGGAAGUAGAAGAGAGGAGACAGGAAGUAGAAGAGAGGAGACAGGAAGUAGAAGAGAAAGACAACCUACUAGAGGAGAGAGAGAACCAGUUAAAGGAGAGAGACAAACAGGUGGAGGGUGUCAACAAUGAAAAUGCUGAACUGGCUCAACAGAUAUGUGAUCUGAAGACUGAGGUAGAGAGACUGAGAAGAGAGAUCUCAGCCCAGAUGACUGUGAGAGGAGAGACCUCAGAUACAUACCCCACACUUCCACUGAGGAGGACAAACAGCAUGGAGUUAAUUCCUCCAUUUAUGGAAGGAGAGAGCAGCAGUCCAGAUUCCCCAGUGUCUCCCAGUGUGUCUGAGCUGAAACUGGUGCUGCUGGGGAGGACUGGGGCUGGGAGGAGUGCAGCAGGAAACACCAUCCUGGGCAGAGAGGAGUUUGGGGCCCAGGCCAGCCCCUCUGCAGUGACCCAGAGGAGUAAGAGGAGAGAGGGGGACGUGUGUGGGAGACGGCUGGUGCUGGUGGACACUCCAGACUGGUUCUGUCCUGGACUCUCUCUGGAGGAGAUGAGACAGGAUGUGGGGCUCUGUGUCCGUCUGUCUGCCCCGGGACCCCACGCCUUCCUCCUGGUCAUACCAGUGGAGCCCUCUAAGGGGGAGGAGAGAGGGGUGCUGGAGAGAAUGGAGGAGAUGUUUGGGGAGGGUUGUUGGGGACACACUGUGAUUCUAUUCACCCAUGAUGAUGGACUGAAAGAGCAGAGUAUUGAAGAUUUUCUCCAAGCAGGAAGUCAGGACCUCCAGCAGCUUGUAGAGAAAAGUGGGAGCAGGUACCACGUCCUCAACAUUAAGGACAGGGCCCAUGGCACUCAGGUAUCAGAGCUGCUGGAUCAGGUAGAGGAGAUGGUGGCAGGAAACAGAGAGAGAUUCUACAGCAGUCAGACCUACCAGGAGGCAGAGGACCAGGUUAGAGAGAUGGAGGGAAAGAUCCAGAGAGAGAGAGGAGAUAGGAAACAGAGGGAGGAGAGAGACUUGAGAGAGAGGCUUCAGAAGGAGUUGCAGGACUCUCUGAUAAAGAUAGAGGGAGUGAUCCAGGAACAUGAGGGAGAUAUCAGAACACUCAGUGAAAGAACCAGUGAACUGGAGAGACAGGUGAAAGAAGAGAGGGAUGAGGAGAAGAAAAGAGAGCUGGAGAGGGAGCUGAAGAGGGAGUCUGAUAGGAGGGAGGAGAUGAUGGAGAACUAUGAAGGAGAGGCCAGAGUUGAAGCAGAGAGAAACCUGAUGAAGAUAGUCCUGCCUGAGUUACAGAGGAACAUCAUGAUCUCACAGACAAAUAUGGAGAGGGAGUUCAGCAGACAGAUGAAAGGGAAGAAUAUAGAGAUGGGGAGACUAAGACAGAACUUGAAAGAAGUCAUUGAAGCUCACUCAGUGUUGCAGAAGAGACUGGAACGAGAGGGGAGAGGUCAGAGGGCACUGAUAGGGUUGUUGGGCUGGGUCAGGAGAAACUCAUCAAGUUGGCUUCUCCACAAUCUGAUAUGAUUCACCAUCACCGUCUAUGAUGAUGAACCAGACCAGGUCUACUGUCCACUGUACCGUGGGGGGUGAUCAUGGAUCAUGGUGGUCAUGGGGAAAACAGGACAGAAUAAUGUCUGGUCCAGUCUACAGUGUCAAGAGAAGGAGGGGAGGGAGGUCUGUAAAGAUCUUGAUGAGACGUAAAACAGAAUUCCAAUCCAACGUAGAUUAUUGACCUUUGCACUGCAGACCUUUAGAAUGGAGAGGGUUGUGGGGGGUCAGGAGGUCAGCGGGCGGAGUCAGAGACUGAGAACUCUAAAGAUCUGAGUGAGACUUUUACCCAGUGUUUGAGGAGGUCUACUAUUGAACAGAGAACCAUACUGUAUUUACCACACACUACUUCCUGUUCUUAUUCAAAUUGUUUCAUGUUGAAACUUUAAAUAUACACUGAGUGCACAAAACAUUAAGAAAACCUUCCUAAAGUUGAGUUACAAUCUAUCCCAAUGGAACUCUGUUACCACAUGAGACUGACAUUGUUGAAAUAAAAUGUCACUUUGUAAGACA